GUGUGUGUGUGUGAGUGAUGCCAACAUGGGAGGGACCGGACCGUCAAGUGGCCAGCUCUCGAGCCCGCCCGCCCACCGCGCGCCCACUCCACAACACACCGGGAGCAGCGCGUGAUAGGCUUCGGAUGAUGCCAGGGAAGGGGGGAGAACGUGCACGGUGACACAACUCGAGUAAAGAGGAGGCGGUUGAUGAGUGAGGGGAAAACUGAGACAGUUGCGGAACAAAGGACAGACAAAGAGCAGAGGGGACAGAAAGCUGCUUCUUUUCUGCUGCACCCAUGUCCGGAGCCCGACCGGUGCUGGAGAAGACAGCUGACCAGGCCAGAGAGCGACACGGGACGGCCACUGGCGUGGCCAGCUUCGGGGACGGGACACCGCUGGAGCUCCUCUUCUCUCAGAGUCUCAUUGUUAUUACGAGUGGACGGAGCUGUGUCCUGUGACAGGCCGGUGACCUGUUUUGCAGUCGAGGGAUGGAUUCCCCCCCAGAUCUUUUCGAUGACUCCGCCCCACAGAUGCACCCAUUUGCCCCCCCUCCCAGCUCUACAGACGUCCCUGGAGGUCAUCCUCAGCCCAGUGGAGGUCGCCCUGCUCCUGCCUUUCGACCCCCUGGCUUCCCCCUUAUCCACCACCUCCUCCAGCCAGGUGGAGCCCCCAGGAGGAUCGGAGGGCAACUCAACACAACCCUGAGCCCACACCUGGAAGACAGACAUCUGGAGGACAGGGGAGAGAGGAAUGGACAGAUGGAGCAAAGGGUGGAAGGAGGAGAGGAAGGAGUGAUGAAAGAAGAGGCCAGCUUGUUGGGGGUUAAGAAGAGGCACAGCGAUGCCGCCCUCGUGGCCGAGUGGAGUCAAGACGUCUUGAAACUGAAGAGGAUGAAGCUGGAGAGCCGACCAAGAGAAGGAGAGGCAGAGGAGGGAGGCGGGAGGCGCGAGGGAGAGAGGGAGGGGAAGAGAAAAGAGAGGGAGGUGCUGAAAGAACAGCUGGAGGAGGCAAGAGAGAGACUGCAGGCCCUGCAGGAGAAAGUAUGGAGGGCUUUUGGGGAAAAACACAUGGCAGAGGAGGAGGAGAAGACAAGGAGGUGUAGAAACAGAGGAGGAGAUGGAGGAGAAGGAGAUGCUGGGAUGAUGGAGGAGGAGGAGGAAAUGACAGAAGGGAUGUACGAUGAAGAGGAUGGUGGAGAGAUGGAAAAGGAAACUUUCUCCCUUCUUUCUGUUUCUCCUUUUGACAACUUCCACAGACAAAGAGAAGAGAGGCAAAAAGACAGAGGAGAGAGAGGAAGUGGAGGAGGGCUGCACUUGGAGGGCGUGAUGGAGGGAGCCGGGUUGUGGUUAGAUUGUGGAGAUUGGCAUGGAGGGAUAGAAGACGAGGGCGAGGAGGGGGGGAAGAAGUUCGCCCAGGCGCUGAAGCUGGAGUUGGGCAGCGCUGUGGCUCGGGUCAUCGACCGAGUUCUCCGCCUGUACACUGACAUGACCCAUGUCACGUCUUCCUCUCCUCCUGCCGCCAUCGCUUUCCUCCCAGACGACGCAGGAAACGAUGAAGGGAGGGAGGAGGGGGCGUGGGUGGGUCUGUUAACGAGAGGCAGAGGGGAGGAAAAGGUCAGAGGUGCAGUGGAAAAGAUGGGAAGGCAGGAUGAAGAAAGAGAGAAGCAUCUCCAAAAGAGGAGCAACGGGGGCGCCCUGCCUCCUCGCACUGAAGCUUCACAUCUGGCCAUGCCAUUGGCGGUUCACAGGUCACCUGACAUACGAAAGGCCCACCCACUCCUUGGCCCACCCCUCUCCACUCACCUAAAUCCCUCCCAUCCGAACCUCUCCCUUCAUCCUCCUUCUCUACCUCGCCCUCCUCUGUCUCAUCCUCCCCUCCUGCCUCCAGCUUCACAACCUAAGGAUCUCUCCUCCUCCUUCCACGUGUCCUCCUCCUGCUCUUCUUCUUCCUCAUCUUCCUUCCCCGUGCCUCCCCCUCCUCCCCCUCCUCCCCCCCUCCCUCUGCCCCUUCUCCACUACUCCAUGCAGCAGCUCUUCUCUCGCUCUCUCCACCACCCUCAACUCCCACACCUCCCUCCAUCCCGCAAGGACUACUUGAACUCAGACCCUUUCCUGGAGUUCUCGUCUCACCCCUCGUCUCACCCCUCUUUCCCACCACUCUCCUUGCUCGGUCACCUAGACCCCUCCCUCGCACGCCAUGCUCACGGAGGCAGAGAGCGAGGGAUGAGGGGGGACGGGGGGAUGAGAGGAGGAGGAGGGAUGGAUGGAGGAGAGCUCUACCUAACUGCUGGGGGAGUAUACACCCAGGAGGGCUUGUCUCCCUGCCAUCUGAAGAAAGCCAAGCUCAUGUUCUUCUACGCACGCUAUCCCAGCUCCAACACGCUCAAGACGUACUUUCCUGAUGUCAAGUUUAACCGCUGUGUGACCUCCCAGAUGAUUAAAUGGUUCAGUAACUUCAGAGAGUUCUUCUACAUCCAGAUGGAGCGCUUUGCACGCCAGGCUGUCCGCGAGGCUCUCACUCGGGAUGGAGCACCUCGUCUGGCCAGAGAGAGUCAGAUGCGAGUGGGGCGCGAUACAGAGCUUUACCGCAUUCUGAACAUGCACUACAAUAAAAGUAACAUCUAUCAGGUCCCAGAGCGGUUCAUCGAGGUCUCCGAAGUGGCUCUGAGGGAGUUUUACUCAGCCAUUUGGACUGGGAGAGACAGUGACCCCUGCUGGAAGAAAGGGAUCUAUAAAAUCAUCUGUAAGCUCGACAGUCCUGUACCAGAUGCCUUCCGACUGCCUGGCUGUCCUGUUGGCUGAUGAUGGAACCAUUUUCAUCUGGUACACAUGGUAUACAAAUGCAUGCAUAACUCCCAAACUCACUGAAAAAAAGAGAAUUUUAUCAAAGCCUUCACAAACUGUACAACACUGUAAGAACUGAUCAAAUCCAUACAAUUCUACUAUUUGUUUAAUUCAGAAUUCAGUCAUUUUGAGAAAAAGAUUGUUUUAGAGGAUAAUAUAUAUAUAUAUAUAUAUAUAAUAUAAUACACCGUUCAAAAGUUUGGGGUACCCAAACAAUUUAGGGUUUCCUGAAAGUCCACUUAUUCACACCAUACGUAGUGAAAUGAAUAGAAAAUAGAGUCAAGACAUUGACAAGGUUAGAAAUAGAUUGUAUUUGAAAUAGAUUUUUUUACAUCAAACUUUGCUUUGGUCAAAGAAUCCUCCAUUUGCAGCAAUUCCAGCAUGCAGACCUUUGGCAUUCUAGCUGUUAAUCUGUUGAGGUCAUCUGGAGAAAUGCCCCCCCACGCUUCCAGAAGCAGCUCCCACCAGUGUGAUUGGUUGGAUGGGCACUUCCUGGUACCAUACGGUCAAGCUGCUCCCACAACAGCUCAAUGGGGUUCAGAUCUGGGGACUGCCUGGCCCCUCCAUCACCGAUAGAAGACCAGCUGCCUGCUUCUGCUCUAAAUAGUUCUUGCACAAUUUGAAGGUGUGUUCAGGGUCCUGGUCCUGCUGUAGGAUGAAACUGGCUCCAAUCAAGCGCUGUCCACUGGGUAUGGCAUGGCGUUGCAAAAUGGAGUGAUAGCCUUCCUUAUUCAGAAUCCCUUUUACCCUGUACAAAUCUCCCACCUACCAGCACCAAAGCACCCCCAGACCAUCAUAUUACCUCACCAUGCUUAACAGAUGGCGUCAGCCAUUCUUCCAGCAUUUUCAUUUGUU